UUCGCUAUGUGUUGGAGAGAGGAAGUAACAACAACCAGCGUAUCAGUAAGCUUCUAAUUCUUCUAAAUUCUGAAUCGAGUGCAGAUAAUUCUCAAUCUUAUAAGUACUUUAGUAUAUUAAUUAAAGUUGAUGAAUUCUGAAAUGUUCAGAACUGACAGAUCGACGCGUUUUUUUACUCUCACUCAUAACGUUAGAAAGUGUGACGGAGUCUAGUUUGUACAAAAACGAGAGAAAGUCGACUAAAUUUAAUGCAGUGUUCAAGUAUCGCAUGUGUGCGUAAUAAAAACAGAAAAAUUAUUUUGCCGUAAGUUAACAUAUAGCAUUUCGGCAUCAAAGUUUUGGUAGGUAUUUGCGUUGUUGCUUUACGUGAUACUGCAAUAUGCAGGGAGGACAGCGUGGAUAACAAAGAGAGGCUUCUUCAUUCAAUGAAAAAUCCUACAUAAUAGUAUUAGUAUCGUGAACGACGUCAUCAACGAAUUUUUAAUAAAAGCAGUGGUAAAAAAAUAGGGUGCGAGCAGGAAGAGAAACUUAGCUGACAGCUGAGGCAGCCUUUUACCUUUAAAAAAAAAUACAGCAGGAAGAAUGCUGGAAACCAUGGGUCCGGAAAAUGUCAGCGGAGUUUGUCUCCAGCAAAAUGCAUCACUUCCCAUAGAUACAGCUUGCCUCAGUGUUGUUAAUAAGUUGGAGCAUUCUAUAACUUUUCUCAGUGUCUUUGAUGACUGUUUUACGUGUGAUGGUCAACCUGUAGUAGAUAUACCAGCACAUGCCAAUACCACUAUUCAAGUAUCCACCAAAUAUCCUUUACGUUUGUUUUACAAUGAUUCUGGAGCAGAGAAACCAUUUAUUUGGUGUGGAGAAUCUUACUCGCUACAAGAACAUGGCAGAUAUGGUUGGAAUGUUACAGGAAACAAUAGUUGUUCCAGUGUUGACACAUUUUAUGAACCAUGGAGCCCAUACUUACCACUCCUGGCUGCCCUUAUGGUAUAUGUACUUGUACUUGUGGUAUUGUACUCUUCCAAAUUCAUCAUCAACGUCGUAAAAAUGUAUUUAAGGUCCCCUACGGAGGGUCAAGGAGUCUUAGAUGGGAUUCAAGAAUUAGAGUCUACUUCCCAAAUACUAACAGUAUCAAAGACUGGUACCAGGAUGCAAGCAUUAGAUGCUUUUAGAGGAAUCGCUGUGUUGCUGAUGAUAUUUGUAAAUAAUGGUGCAGGAGAGUACGUGUUCCUGAAACAUUCUGCAUGGAAUGGUCUUACAGUUGCAGAUUUAGUCUUACCCUGGUUUGCGUGGGCCAUGGGAUUUGCAAUCGUUAAUUCAAUUCGUGUACAACUUCGAGUGUCAGUAACUCGCAAGAGACUCGUUGUCAAGCAACUGUCACGAGCAGCCAAAUUGAUUCUUCUUGGUCUGUUGAUUAAUUCUCAGCAACCUCGGCAUACUAAUUUUUAUAUCACUGAAUUACGAUUUCCGGGUGUUCUUCAACUUUUGGCCGUCUCAUACUUUAUUGCUGCUUCGAUUGAAACUUGCUUUGCAAGCGUUCAAAGAACUUUUCAGGCUGGACGUUUCAUAUUUCUACAAGAUAUUAUAGAACGUUGGGCUCAGUGGAUCAUUGUGUUUGCUAUCGUGAUGAUUCACAUCUGUAUAACGUUUUUGCUCAAAGUUCCUGGCUGUCCGCGUGGAUAUAUUGGACCUGGAGGCUAUCACUCCCAUGGUCAGUAUGCAAACUGCACUGCUGGGGCAGCUGGUUACAUCGACAGACUUGUUUUCGGUGACCAUAUGUACAUGAAGAAAUUGAAUGCUGUUUAUGGACCCACACUUCCCCACGAUCCAGAAGGUUUGAUGAAUACGUUAUCGGCAGUAAUUAUUGUAUUUUUGGGAGUUCAAGGAGCGCGGAUUUUCGUAACCUACUACCAAGCUGAAUCAAGAAUAAUGAGAUGGGUGGCUUGGUCUGCACUAACGGGUCUGAUUGCUGGUAUUCUGUGCGGUUUUAGCAAGGAAAAAGGAAUGAUUCCAGUUAACAAGAACAUGAUGUCGUUGUCUUUCGUUUUGUGUACUUCCAGUUUAGCAUUCUUGCUGUUUGCAGUUCUAUACUAUUUGAUUGAUCACAAGAAACUUUGGAGUGGCAAACCUUUUAUUUAUGCAGGAGCUAAUUCUAUUUUGCUGUAUGUGGGACAUUACUUGACCAUGGGUCUAUUUCCAUUUAUGUGGAAUUAUCCAGUUACACCAACACACGCAAGUGUAUUAGCAAUGAACCUAUGGACAACAAUGCUAUGGGCUGUAAUAGCCAAGAUUUUGUACAAAAAAGAAGUUUUAGUUACUGUCUAAAAAAAUUGCAAACCAUGAAGUAAUAAGUACUAAGACAGUUCCACGGAAAAAGAGAAAUUUGUGAUUACACAUAAAAAGAGAUAUGAAAACUCUGAAUUGGUUGUGAUGCGUGCCCAAAAAAAUUAUUCAUAUUAAUGAUUAGCACAGUAUUUUCUAACAUUUGUUUAUUCGAUUGUUUUUACAAAAAUAAAAAAAUAAAAUAUUUUUUAAAUAAGUUGUAUCAUUAAAGUAA